CACGAAUUUCGCUAUAUCAUGCGCCCAUUCCUAAUAAUAAUGGACACUACUCGAUUACCAUACACACUAACCCCUAAUUGGUGGCUACUUUUGCUAAGUUCACGUUUGAAUUUGUCGUCUGCAGAUAACAAUUUAAAGCUUCAAGGUCGAUAUCGGUUCUUUAGCUAUACCAAUACUUCAACCAGUUAGGAAAGUGCAGUAUAUUCACUUGGAACAUGUUUUUCAUGUAGUCACUUUCCCUUUAUGGGUUGUCAAUGAUAAUCAUGUCUGGAGACUUUGACGUAGGUAUAAUUUUCAAUGAGAUUUUCCUUGAAAUUUACCCAUGUUCGAUCAAGCUUGUCCAAAAGCCAGGAAGCUGAGUCGUCCAUCAAUAUCCUAGGAUUUAUAGUAAUAUUCUGACUCAGAUUUGAAGACCUACGACCUGUGCUAGUCAUUUUCUAGUAAGCUUCUUGUGUGUCUAGUAUUCUCUUGAGUGAGUCAUUCGAAAUGGCAGGGACUACUUCUUCGAGUAACAGGUUCCAAUGGAUAAUGACUUGAUGUGAAAUCCUGUACGCCAUGGGUAGUCUACUCGUUUUUUUGGCUUCUGUAUCCUCCUUCUGUCCUCUGGGUUGUUCUGAUCUGGUAGGAAGCAAAAGAAAGGAUAUAUCAGGUCCAAAGUCACUUCCUAGCAUUUGAUGCAAGACGAAAAACGAACAAAUUUUUAGGGGCAUACUCUGACAAGUGCAAUGUUUCGAGCGGUUACAAUGAAAUAUUUAAGCUUAUUCAUUCUCGUAUUUCAAAAUCUACUUUAUAUUCUGUGUAUGCGUCAUGCAAGAUCACGAACAACCGAUAUGUUCAACUCUUCAUCCAUGGUAAUAAUGAGCGAAUGUUUGAAAUUCUUGACAUGUGUAUCAGUCCUAAGUACUACUGGAGAUUUUAAAAAAUGUUUAAAACUCAUUCAACAUAAUCCAUUAGAUGUUUUAAUGACUUUUAUACCUGCCAUAAUAUAUGUUAUUCAAAAUCGUCUACUUAUAACAGCUUUAAGUAAUUUAGAUGCUGUCACAUUUCAGGUGGCUUAUCAGUUGAAAUUAUUUACUACAGCAUUAUUUAGUAUGCUUAUUCUUCGAAAACCAGUUAGUAAAAUGCAAUGGUUUGCUUUGAUUUUAUUAUUUAUUGGAGUUGCAACAGUUGAAAGUCCUGUUAAUUCGAAUAAAACUAAUCAUCCACCUAUAGCAUACAAUCCUCCAUUAGGAUUAUUUUGUGCUGUAUGUGCAUCCAUAUUGUCUGGUUUAGCAUGUGUAUUUUUUGAAAUGCUUUUGAAAAAUACCAACAAGUCUAUAUGGCAUCGUAAUAUUGAAUUAGCUUUUGCAUCAAUUGUCAUUGGUAUACCUGUACAACUAUUGACCGAUUGGAAUGAUAUUACACGAAAUGGCUAUUUUCAUGGUUUUGAUUGGUUUGUUUGGAUAGUGAUAUUUCUACAUGCAUUCGGUGGUUUAUUAGUAGCUUUAGUAGUUAAAUAUGCUAACAAUAUUCUUAAAUCAUUCGCCUGUUGUGUGUCAAUUAUUCUAUCAUGUGCAUUCUCUGUUGUAUUUCUUGGGAUGCAUUUAAGUAAUAGUUUCAUUUUUGGCACAUUAAUUGUUAUCGUAUCAUCUAUUUUGUAUUCUAGUUACCCUCCGAAAAUAAAUGCUCGAUAGAAAUUCGUAUUAUUGCUUUUCAUUAAUUUAACAAUCUUACAAUAAUUUCAAUCUUUUUUUGUCUAACUCGACAUUUGACCUCCCAAUAUUUUGUUUACAUAUUUCAAACUACUUUUAAGUAGUAUAAGUGAGCCUAAAAUUUCAGAGAGAACCAGUCUUCAUAUUUGUUCAUUCUUUAAAAUAUUUUGUAAUUUCUUUUUCCUCAGGAAAUUUCAAGUUGAGCUUCCGUUAACAACUAUGUUUAAUUAUCUUCAUAGUAGCUUUUUAUAUUUUUCGUAUACAUAGUUUCAUCCGAUUAUUGAUACAAUGACGAUUUGGAAUAUUUUUUUGAAAUAAAACUAUUAUAUAUACUA